AUGUCGGCGUUAUUAGUGCCGUGCCCGUGGGCACAAGAGCGCGCAGUCAGCUCCCUCUCCACCUCUCCUCUGCAGCUCACCGCUGGCUCGGCACGGCUCUGCACCUUCCACCGAGUCUGCGUGCGCUGGACACUCCGCUCAAACAGCGUCCAGCGGGACAAAGCCAUGAAGUCCUGGCUGCUCUUCGCUCUCCUGCGCCUCUGGGCAGCCGUUGGGUCCAGUAAACAGCAGGAGGAGGACUAUGAAGAUGUGCCUAUUAACAAGACGUGGGUGUUAUCACCUAAAGUCUAUGAGAGCGAUGUCACUUUGAUUCUCAAUAAACUUUUGCAAGGCUACGACAACAAGCUGAGGCCAGACAUUGGAGUGAGGCCUACAGUGAUUGAAACAGCCGUGUACGUGAACAGCAUUGGGCCUGUGGACCCCAUCAACAUGGAGUACACCAUUGACAUCUUCUUCGCUCAGACAUGGUACGACAGCAGGCUCAAGUUCAACAGCACCAUGAAGCUGCUCAUGCUCAACAGUAACAUGGUAGGCAAAAUCUGGAUCCCAGACACCUUCUUCAGAAACUCCCGAAAAUCUGACGCUCACUGGAUCACCACCCCCAACAGACUGCUCCGCCUGUGGAGCAAUGGGCGCGUCAUGUACACACUGAGGUUGACUAUAAAUGCCGAGUGCUACCUUAAGCUGCAUAACUUUCCAAUGGAUGAGCACUCGUGUCCCCUGGAGUUUUCAAGCUAUGGUUACCCCAGGAAUGAGAUCAUGUACCGGUGGCAGAGGAGGGCCGUGGAGGUGGCAGACCAACGUUACUGGAGGCUGUACCAGUUUGCUUUCGUGGGGCUCAGGAACACUUCAGAUGUGGCUCACACGCAGUCAGGUGAAUAUGUGAUCAUGACCAUCUUCUUUGACCUGAGCCGGAGGAUGGGCUACUUCACCAUCCAGACGUACAUCCCCUGCAGCAUGAUCGUGGUGCUGUCCUGGGUCUCCUUCUGGAUCAACAAGGAUGCAGUCCCCGCCCGCACGUCACUGGGCAUCACCACGGUGCUCACCAUGACGACGCUCAGCACCAUUUCCAGGAAGUCUCUGCCUAAAGUGUCGUACGUGACGGCCAUGGAUCUGUUUGUGUCUGUGUGCUUCAUCUUCACCUUCGCUGCUCUCAUGGAGUACGGCACUCUGCACUACUUCACCAGCAACAGGCAGAACAAGAAGGCCAAGGCCAACAACACACAGCAGAAGACCUCCAGCCUGGUGAACAUCCGCCCGGGCACGUCUCUGCUGCAGAUGAACAACAUCCUGCCCUACGUGGAGGAGGACGACUUCGCCUACGACUGCCUGGACGGGAAGGACUGCGCCAGCUUCUUCUGCUGCUUCGACGAUUGUCGCUCUGGGGCCUGGCGUGAGAACAGGAUGCACGUAAGGGUUUCCAAAAUCGAUUCCUACGCGCGCAUUUUCUUCCCCACUGCAUUUGGGCUUUUUAAUUUAGUUUAUUGGAUCGGCUACUUGUAUCUAUAA